CUGGCAGACGAGAAGACACCCUCACUCGUCUUUCACCAUGUUUUCUCUCUCGUCGCUCGUUUCACUCUCUUUCGCCGUCACCCUCGCAACUGCCCUAUCCAUCCCGCGCAACAAUGCCAACUACACACCGCGUGAUGCGCUCGAGACACGGCAAGGUGCCUCGGAUCCCGCGUCUUUUACGUGGGUUCGCCGCUUUGCAGCUAUCGGAGACAGUUACAGUGCAGGCAUAGGCUCCGGCGAGCAGCUGGGUGGGCUUUUCCACAACUUCAAUGACUGGACAUGCUCCCGCUACGACCUUUCCUAUCCGAUGAUGAUGCGGCAGUAUGUUGGGGCAUCCAUCGAGAGCUUCCAGUAUCCCGCCUGCACGGGUGACCAGACCUGGCAGAUCUUCAACCAGAUCAACAGCCUGCAGGGGAACCUGGAUCUGGUGACGCUAACGGCCGGCGGAAACGACUUGUGUCUAGUGGACAUCAUCAAAGACUGCAUCGUCUUGGCGUUUUACGACGAGGCGACGUGCAACGCCAUCCUGCAGAAGGCCGAGGAGAACCUACAGAAUAUCAUGCGCAACAACAUCAAGGAGAUGUUACUCGCGCUCGACUCCAAAAUGGCCAGCAACGGCAUCGUGGUGUACAACAGCUACGCGCAAUUCUUCAACACAAACGACGAGAAAUGCGCCACAGACCAGGACUGGGGCCUCUUCCCCUGGGUCGGCUACACAUGGCUCGGGAUCCGGUCCACGCCGCUACCCCUGACCAUCGCGCGUCGUCAGCGCUUCAACACGCUCACCGCAGGCCUCAACGAUCUAAUCCGUGAGGUUGUGCACGAUGUCGCCGACGAAGUCAACUACAAGAUCGGCUUCUCCAACUGGGACCCCUGGCCAAGCGAAGGCGUCGACGGCCAGAUGUGUUCGCCGGCGUCAUCAGGAGCCUACCCCGACCGACGGCAGCCCGACCUCCUCUUCUUCAAGCCCGACACGCGCAAGACCUUCUUCCGCUCCCCCCUCCCCUUCAAAAAGCGCGACGACGACGACGACGACAACCUCCACCUCGAACACCCCAACGGCACUACCACCAUGACCGAACCCCCCCUCUCAGACCCCUCGCUCGAAGAAAUCGACCCCAUCCUCGCCGCCCGCCUGCGCACCCUCCACCAUCCCCCACCCCCACCCGACACCGACUCCCACGGCAUAAACCGCGCCAUCUACCGCACCUCGCUCUGGCACUCGCCCAACCCACGCGCCGCCGCCCUCCACAUGCUCAACCCACGCGCCCCCGCCGUCCCCGGCUGCCCCUCCGACUCCCACAGCUGGCUGCCCAGCCUCGGCGCCCUCCUCCCCGAUUUCUUCGGCCGCAUCUUCCACCCCAACGAGCUCGGCCACAACGCGAUCGCCUCCUUUGCGAUCGCCAAGACGAUGGACCUGCGCGCCGGGGUGUUGGGGGCGGCGCCCGAGGUUUGUGAGGUAGGCGAGGAGUUUAGUUGUUGGAGAGGGGGUGGGAGGGCGGCGUUCGUGACGGCGGAUCGGGCGGAUGCGAAUCUGAAGGAUUUUUGUGCGGGUGUGGAGGGGCCCGGGGGUGGGUAUACGCAUUGGAGAAGGAGUAAGGUGUAUCAUGAGGGGACGCCGGAUGAGAUGGAGUUUAUUUUGGAUGGCGGGGAGGUGGAUGUGGUGAAUCGGGAGGAGUGCGUGGAGGCGUUUACGAAGGUGGUGCAUGGGUGCGAUGCGGGGGAUAGCGAUAAUCCGAUGAAUUGGAAGUUUGGGGGCAGGUGGAAGAAGGGAGAGUAUACGUAUGACUUGAGCCCGAGGAGGAAUCGGAACUUGAUGACGGCGCCGAAUGGGCAGUGUAAGGGGAAGUAUAAGUUCUUGUUUAGUGAUUUCGAGAUGUAUGGCGCUGGCUUUAGCAGCUGGGAUUGGGGUCAAGAGACAUUGUUGCCCCAGUCCAAGGGAUGUCUUGGUCUCGGCGUGUCGAAGUGGCACUGGGAGUAUUUUGACCAGCCCGACGCCAACGGGAUGGAGUGGAAAGUGACGUUCAGGACGCCGGUGUUUGUGAGCAACAGAUGCUACAGGAACAACAAGGUCGUGAGUUCGGUGGGUGGGGAUACUCACGGGUGUGGCGGAGAUUCAGGGGCAUAACAACGACGUAUGCUUGCGCACGAUCUCCAGUGUGUAGUUGCUCUCAUCCACGCUUUUCAAUCAAAC